UAAAAGCUUCAAUAGCAGACAUCAUAUUACUAAUUCACACUAAUCAAUCGAAAGUCUAAGCCUAAUUAGGCUAUAUACGGCAGAAUUCCGCAUAUAGCCCUGAAUGCCUCAGGGCGGCGUCUAGUUAGGUUAGGCCGUUCAGUUCUGACUUUACCUUCCCAAAUGAACCAAACAUCAUAACUCAAUAACACUUUACUUCUAUCCUGUCUUGCAUUUAUCUGCACAAUGUUUUUCUUAUCUUUCACCAAAUUUCGCAUUCCGCAAGGUGAUUCUGUGAUGGCUAGGAUCAACGAAAACCUUGGAUUGUCACAAGUAGAACCACCUGGAGAUAAUUGGAUAUGUGCAUUAAAGCCACUCAUCAAAGCUUCUGGUCACGAACGGUCUCUGUGGGGACAAAUUAUAGAGAAGCCCGACACAGUCCUGCUUUAUACUGGUAAGUUCUAUUGAAUGACUAGAUUUUUGACAAGCAUCCAUGGAAUUAAGACUUACCAUCGAUUAGAAUGGGAAAGUCAAGUAAAGUACGAUAAAUUCCGGCAGAGUGUGGGAUAUACAGAAUUAUACUGGCCAGCCUUAUCUGUCGUGGAUUCACCGUCCGUCCAAACGGCCUUGUAUUCCGAUUACUGCGCUUUGCCCCGGAUCAAGUACAUGACUAUCAUCACAUGUUACUUCCCGUCUACGUUGUCCGAGGAAAAUCGUAAACGGAUAAAUAACCCUAAAUUUCAAGGCCUUCAUAUGACAGGCGUUGGGCGGAUCGGCGGCAAUGUCAACCCCAACAAUCUUCAUUAUUAUCUACCAAAGAAAAUGUGGGCUACGGAUUUGGAAAAAAAGGAUGGCGUGGAGAUGAGAGCUUUAAUAUGGCUUCAUUUCUGGAAAAAUGCUGAAACAGAGAAACAGUUUUUGAGACGAACACGACCUGUUGGAAUUGUUGGCAAUGAGCAAAUCCCCGUCAAGGAGGAAUUCGAGCAGCGACUAAGAGAUCAUGAUUGCCGGGAAAUGAUUGUGGAACAUUUCAAUCUUAUUAGGGUCAACCUAGGAGAACUCUAAGUAGGUUUGGUAAAGGAAAAUAGUUGGGCUUUUGCGUUAAUCCCAGACCUCACACUGCAUCGAUCGACGAUGUGUUAAAUUGAAAGCUUGCAUCAGGAAAACACCAGAUGGGCUGAAUUGUUCCUUUGAAAAUUCUACAUAUGACCAUUGACUCGGACAUAGGUUUGUGGCUAGCAUGUACGCAUCUACG